AUGUCCCACCUCAGACAGACAUACCAAUUGAUAGAGAAUGCUGAGCAACAAAUCAAGAGGGGCAACCUGAAUGAAUCCCUGAAGUACUAUAGACAGUCCGUGAACGAGAUCAAUAAAGUGAUUUUACGGUUGAACAGUGAGCACCCGGAUGAAGUAAACGAUGAAGUUAUUGAGAGUAUCGAAAUCUUGAAGAGGGACGUUUCUCAGACAAUGUUCGACCUGGAGAAUUUUAUCAAAGCCCAACGCGCCGUUUCAAAGGGAUCCACAGUUAAGAACUCUAUUAACAUGAACAUGAUGGGGUCAAUGUUACUUAGCAUUAAACCGUCCAUGAACAAUGUGAAUAGACCUUCACCAACAAGCGAACAAAGCGGCGAUGGGGAGGGAAAUAACUUUGUUAGUGAUCCGAUUCUCACCGGUAUACUUAACAAAUUACAGACAAAUUUAUUUGCCUUAACUGCUGACACUAAAGGAGUGGGUGUUGAUGGGAGGGGUACAAAGAAUGCCAAUCUGGAGGUCAGUCACCAUAUAGAACAAUUCAAACGAGAGUUGAGUUGGUAUGAGCAAAAGAAAUUUUCUGAAUACGAUUCCCGUUUAGAGAGGACUCGGAAGGAAAACAGGAAGCUGCUUCAAGAAGUAGAAAAGUUGAAGGACAGAUGGAACAACCUUGUUGAAAGUGCAAAACAGAGAAGAAAUCGAGAAUGA